GGCCACAACAACGGACACAUCAGCAUAUUAACCUAUAAAUAACGACAACUAAAAAUGUUUCCCCUUGUUUUAGUGCAAAAAGCAUCAUGAAAGUGUUUAUCUUUAAUGAACUGAACUAUUACAAAGCAUGUAAUGAACAUCUGGACAUUUCUAAACAAAAAAAAAGUGUAAUUUCUGUUUAAUUCCAGGUGUCAGGGAAAACAAAUGAAUGUCUUGCUAAUUCAUCCUCGCAUGUAAUAGCUCAGUGUGAAGUAAACGGAUGAAAACAAAUCUUUUUAAAUGUACGACGCAUUUAUUUUGAAGGCGGGAGUGGCGCAGCUGUUUCCGCUGCUUGUGUUUGGUGUGGUCAGACUCGGCUCGGCUCGGCUCGGUUCCGCUCGGUUCGGCUCGGCUCGGCUCGGACCAGUAGCAGCGCUAGUGUCUGGUGUCGGCCGCGUUGAACCUGUUGUGUGUGACCGCGGAGGAAAGAUGGCGGCCCCUGCUCUCUCCGCUCGGGCUGGCUCGGUGGGAAGCCUCGGGAACAGCCCCACCAUGGCCACCGCAGGACGGCUCCCCCACGGAGGAGGAGGCGGCGUCGGGCCCGAACUCGACUUCAGGUCGGCGGCCCGCAUGGAGGACCUGAACCGGCUCAUCCAGGAGUUCAGCAAACACGACCAGCGGGAGUACGACGACCAGCGGGCGCUGGAGAUCCACACGGCCAAGGACUUCAUCUUCUCCAUGCUGGGAAUGGUCCAGAAGCUGGACCAGAAGCUGCCGGUGGCCAACGAGUACCUGCUCCUGUCUGGAGGCGUCCGUGAGGGUGUGGUGGACAUGGAUCUGGAUGAGCUGAGCGUCUACGCCCGCGGCACCGACUACGACAUGGACUUCACCCUGUUGGUCCCGGCGCUGAAGCUCCACGACCGCAACCAGCCGGUGACCCUGGACAUGAGGCACUCGGCCCUGGGCCACUCCUGGCUCAGCCUCCGCCUCUUCGACGAAGGAACCAUCAACAAGUGGAAGGACUGCUGCACCAUCGUGGACCACAUCAAUGGCACCACCAACUACUUCUUCUCCCCAACGCUGGUGGCCGACUGGUUCUACCAGUCCAUCUCCCUGGUGCUGCUGGAGGUGCAGAAGAAGCCUCAGAGGGGGAUGCCGAGGGUGGAGAAGGUGGAGAGGAACGGCACCAUCAUCUCGGUCAUCCUGGGGGUGGGGAGCAGCCGGAUGCUCUACGACAUCGUCCCCGUGGUCUCGUUUAAAGGCUGGCCGGCCGUGGCCCAGUCCUGGCUGAUGGAGAACCACUUCUGGGACGGGAAGAUCACGGAGGAGGAGGUGAUCAGCGGCUUCUACCUGGUUCCCGCCUGCUCCUUCAAAGGCCGCAAGGAGAACGAGUGGCGCCUGUCGUUCGCCCGCAGCGAGGUGCAGCUGAAGAAGUGCAUCUCGUCCAGCCUGAUGCAGGCGUACCAGGCCUGCAAGGCCAUCAUCAUCAAGCUGCUGUCCCGGCCCAAAGCCAUCAGCCCCUACCACCUCCGCAGCAUCAUGCUGUGGGCCUGCGACCGCCUGCCCUCCAACUACCUGGCGCAGGACGACUUCUCCGCCCACUUCCUGCUGGGCCUGAUCGACGACCUGCAGCACUGCCUGGUCAACAAGAUGUGUCCCAACUACUUCAUCCCCCAGUGCAACAUGUUGGAGCACCUGUCGGACGAGACCGCCAUGCUCCACGCCCGCAAACUCUCCUCGGUGCGCUCCGACCCGGCCGAGCACCUGCGCACCACCAUCGAGCACGCCAAGGCCGCCAACAGGCUGACGGUGGAACUGCAGUGGCGAGGCAGCUCCAGCAACUUGCCGUCGCCUCAGUCCGACGCCGGCGGAGAGAAUCAGCCCGACGACCGGCUCGCCAAGAAGCUGCAGCAGCUUGUGACCGAGAACCCGGGGAAGUCCAUCUCGGUCUUCAUCAACCCAGACGACGUCACACGGCCACACUUCCGCAUUGACGACAAGUUCUUCUGAGACUGACAAAUCUCCUCCUCCUCCUCCUCUUCCUCCUCCUGCUCCUCUUCCUCCUCUUCCUCCUCCUCCUCCUCCUCCUCCUCUUCCUCCUCUUCCUCCUCCUCCUCCUCCACUGAAACCGUUAUUUUUUACUUUCUGUUUUCUGCCACAGAGUGAAGUGAGGUGAUCGUCUUAAUUGUGUCUGCCACAGUUUUUUUAUUUUUCUAUUCCUCCUCUUUCACUGUGUGCCCUGUGUCUUUACCUGCUGAAGGCCUUUUAAAUACACAGCUCAAUGGCAGCGGGUUGUUUUCAGAAAUGAAGGAAAAGACAAAAUCCACCUUAAGACGGAACUGGAAUUGAGAAGAAUCCCUCGGGUCCUGAUUCCGAGUACGUAUCAGUGACGUCGCUGCUGCUUCUCAGUGUUUUCUCAUAAUCAUUGACUAACAUCUGACUUGUGACCUUUUAACCAACUACCUGACAGGAAAAUGGAAAAGUUAUGCAGAAAAGAUCCAGGUCCAGAGCCUCAGGUGGGUUUGAAAAAGUAAAAGACUGUAAUUUAACGGGCUGGAGUCAGUAAAAACGCACCUACAGGUUUUCAAACCCACGUGAACCUGAGAGCCUGGACCUGGGUUUGUUCCCAUUGUUCCUGUUCCAGCGCCGGUCGCGCUCCAGACAUUUUUCUUUUCUUUACCUAACGACACCAUCGGUCACAUGGUUCAGAUUCAUUCAGCGCAGUAAGGAAAGAUGUUAUGUCUUAUUAUUGACCUGCUGACGGUUGCUAACCUCGUACAGGUCCAUACCUGCAAAACCAAACUGUGCUCACAUGCUAGCCAUUAGCAUGCUAAUUAGCAUUAGCAUCAUUGCUGAGUUCUAGUGUGGAACACGACUCCCAGACUCUCGUUGUCGUGCUGCUGUUUCUUUGCAUCUGUUCUGUUUUCUGCUCCUGCUGUGGUUUAGUUUUUCCGAGGUUCCGACUCUUUUGACGUUGGAGCUUCAGGUCGUUUCCCUGGAGAUGAAUGUAAACGCUGCUUCUCUAACCCACGUUUUACCCUCUGCUGGAGCAGCAGCAGCUCAGAGUCGGUCCGGGAGUCUCAGAGUUGAGUCUUAAGGUGGAUUUUGUCUCUCUGAGGAAUGUCUUAUCCCCGCCCGGGGACGAUGGUACUAACGUCUUAGACGCUAACUGUAAAUAGAAGACUGAAGUCUGAAGUGUGUAGAGACAGACUGACGCUGAUUCGUGGACUACUUUUCGUCUAAUUUUGCACAGAAUGUAAGAAAAAAAAAAAGGAAAAACACUUGUCCUCUGGACGGGGGACACGGUGUCCUCCAGGUCUCUAACGAUGUAUCAUAUCAGUGAACAGGUGACACUUUACCUGAUGGUCAUACUGCACAUUUUAAAGCUGUGGAGCUGCAGCCUGAACACGACCGAGUUUAAAGCCCCAGCACAGAACUCCUGUCCAAUCAGUUUGUUCCUUUACGCUUUUUAUAAGGUUAGUUUUUAGUUUUUAACAUGAAAACACGGAGCUGCAGCGACUGUUGAGGAAUCAGUUCAGUUCUUUUAAUAUCUAAAGGGUUUUUUACUCUUUUCUUUCUGUGGACGGUGCAAACAAAAUAAUAUAUAACAGAAGUUUAAACAAAAGGUUUCACAGCUGGAAUAUAAAUUCUCCAUCUGUGGAACCAGAGACAGUUCUCAGUAAUCAGAGUAAAUGAGUCAUCGAGUCAUUGAACCACGUUACCAGCUCUGAUCCAAACGGUCAAAGUCUGAUCUCAUCCAGCGGUUUCUCUUUAUUGUUUCCUAGACUAUAGAUUCAUUACUAUGAAGGAACAAACCAGAAUAUAUUUCAGACUUUAGCUUCAGUCAUUUCCAUUAAAAGAUGUUUUUGACUUGGGAACCUUCAUAGUUGAUCCUAAGAACCAGAGCUGAGACCAGGUCAUGUAGAAGAUGUGUCGGUGGUGGUCAGAACCGAAGGAUGCUCCUCAGAGACCAUCAGAACUGGUCCAUGGUUCUCUACUGAUGUUCUGAUCAUUAUUAUGACAAGAACCACAGUCCAUCAGUACUUUACGACGUAGAGCUCAGUCAUCCUGGAGAAUAUCAAGAAAGUUUCCUCAUGAAAUGCUCCAAGGAACCCGUCUCUGAUGAGGAAACAAAGAUGGAGAGUUAAAAACUCAGAGGAGCCACUGGAUGAGAACGUUUCAACUCGUCUGUUUCUGCUUCCAAACGAGAACCGUUCAAACUUUUAAAGUCGGAGAACGUGACCUCAGCUCGGCUCUGAUUCACCGACCGAUCGCUGCAGCUCUUCCACUUCUUUUUACUGGCUGCGUGGAAACAGCCAAUCAGAUCCAUGUAUGUUAAUGAGCCGCCGCCUCCUCACACUCAGGUUAACGUGCUGCAUUAUGACCACGGUGGGUAAAGUGUCCCAGAAUGUGACUUCACCUCCUUUAGCUCGACACGUGUCACAUGUGUUUAUUCAACCUGAUGAUGAUGAUGAUGAUGAUUUUUCCAGCUGCUUCUCUCUGACUCGGCUUCACCUCAACCAGCUCACGAUGUCACCGUUAAACUCUGUGACGGGUUUUUAUCGUCUUAACAAACUCAAACCAUGAACGGGUUCAGACCACAGCAUGUUCAUCGGCUUUGUUCCUGAAACCUCCUCUAGGUCCGUCUGUCUCCCUGUAGCAGACGUCCACAGCUUGGACUGCAGCGCCACUAUGUGGUCAGUGUAAUACUGUACCAGCUGCUGUCUCUGAUGGACCUCUACCUACCACUGGACCAGAACCAGGGACACAUGGAGACAUGAUACAGAUUUAGGAAUGCGAUGGAUUUUUUUGUUUUAGAGGCUCAGAUUAGACCUGAACCCUGAGAGUUUCUGGUUCUCAGAGGAACCAGGUCACUGAGGACCAGAAACUCCCCCCACCACUAAUUAAUGGAUCUUAGUCUGGGAAGUUAUUGACAUUUGUUCAUCUGAGAAAUGAGGCUUUUACUAAACAGUCUGAGCUCUGAUUGGACCACUGAUGAAAAGGGGUGGGGCUUAGUUUGUUCAGAUGGUCCAGAGCUGGUUGAGUCCAGAUGAAGGCGACUCAGUCCCUGUUUAUUUUUGUCUUUGUGUUUUUAAAGUCUCAAACAUUUCCAGAAAAGAAGAAGAAGAAGGAGGAAGCUGGAAACCGUUCUCCUGCAGACCUCUGACGGGUCGUCUUAUCUCCAUGUCCUCAUCCUCAAGUGCAAUUAGUGAAAAUACAGACAAACAAACACACAUGUCGACAUCACGUAGCAUCAGACACUGAACCCACAAUGAAACACUUUAACUCCCACAAACCGACACUAACUCACUCACACCAUCAAAGUGCCGCACACUCCUGCUCGGUGGAAAUGUUGAUCAGUGUAAACCUCCGACCUUACUCCUCUCUGCUCCGUCAGAACCUCUCGACUGUGACCGUUCAGUUCCUCCGUAUCCGCGCUGCUUUAUUCUGAUGAUGGAUUUAUUUCUUUAUGCAAUGUUGACUCGUAUGGUUCAACCCUUCAGACGGCAGCUCCUCCCUGGGGGCGACGAACAAAAGAGGGUCCUGAGCAGAGCCCUGAGGAACUCCACUCAGAUUUGGACCUGAACAACUAAUGUGAACUAAUCUGAGCGUUUAACGUCCUGAGAUGAAAACGCUUCCUAACGUCUUGUAGCUGUGAUAGAUGUGACUGAUGGAGAUGAAUUAAGAAGAAUAGUUCCUUAGAGUACCCUCCAGCCAAUCAGAUAACCUGUUCACUAUGUUAAGCCCCGCCCACAUGAUUUGAUUGGUCCAGCAGAUCUUUGCUGGAACAGAAUCAGACCAGAACCACAUAAACUUUACUAAGUGUUUGGCUGCUGAAGAACUCUCAUUGAUUCUAUUUGCACAGAGAUCCAAACUUUUCUUUAUUUUUUAAAUUAAUUUGCAAACGUUAUUCAUUUGUGUGCAAAAAAUGUUGCACAAGUUUCAUCUUUUUUGUCCUGUUUGCAGAUUAAAAUGUCUCGUGCAGCAUAAAAUAAUGAGUCUCAGAUGUGACGAGAGAAAAGAAACAGUUCAGCUCAUUCACACCGAGAAUUAUCUCAGACAGGAAACAUUUAGAAACUUCAAAUCUGCUUCUUCAUAGAUUUAUUCUUGAAACAGUUUCCUCUUGUUGCCACCGGGGGGCGCUGCCAUCUGACCGGCGGCCGUUUGUACAAACACAGCGACUCUAUCUCCUCCUGUGACGUGGAACCACUGUUGUAAAUAACACUUGAUAAAAUAAGACAAACUCC